CCCCCCCCCCAAUCCCGGGGGCUUGGCGGAUGGAAACGGCGGGUGCCCUGGGCGGACCCCGGUCCCGGGUGUUCCUGUCUCGGCGCCUCCCGCGGGCUCCGCGGGCCUUUGGCUGGGUUUUGCCCACGGCAGUCCUCUGCGGGUACGGCUUCUUCGCCAGCUUGCGCCCGUCGGAGCCUUUCCUGACGCCUUACCUGUUGGGGCCGGACAAGAACCUCACCGAAACUCAGGUCUUCAAUGAAAUCUAUCCAGUAUGGACUUACUCCUAUUUGGUGCUGCUCUUUCCUGUCUUCUUGGCGACAGACUAUCUCAGAUACAAACCUGUCAUCCUUCUGCAAGGACUAAGCCUUAUUGUGACAUUUUUUAUGCUGCUUUAUGCCAAAGGACUGUUGGCUAUUCAGUUCCUAGAAUUCUUCUAUGGACUGGUUACUGCAACAGAAAUAGCCUAUUAUUCUUACAUCUAUAGUGUUGUGGACCUGACCUUGUACCAAAAAGUCACAAGCUACUGUCGAAGUGCAACCCUUGUGGGUUAUACUGUAGGCUCUGUCUGUGGACAGAUCCUGGUAUCUCUUGUUGGCUGGUCUCUAUUCAUUUUGAAUGUGGUGUCUCUCACCUCUGUAUCUGUGGCCUUUGCCGUGGCGUGGUUUCUGCCUAUGCCACAGAAGAGCCUUUUCUUUCACCACCCCUCAGACACUCAGGUCAGUAAGGAAAUGAAAGUUGUAGAUGGUAAAAAUGGAGCAGUCGUCCAAGAUGAUCCUGACUUAAAGAGGGUUCCCGGGUGGGAAGAAAUUGAAUUGAAAGUUCCUUUAAAUAUAGAAGAACAUCCUGCAGAGCAGCAGGAGCAGAGAGUGGACAUCGUGAAGGUAGUCAAAGAGCUCUGGCAGGACUUUCUGCAAUGUUACUCUUCCCGACCUCUGCUGUGCUGGUCAGUGUGGUGGGCGUUGUCGACAUGUGGCUACUUCCAAGUCAUAAACUACACUCAAGGCCUGUGGGAAAAGGUGCAACCCUCUCACAGCUCAGAGAUCUAUAAUGGUGGUGUGGAGGCUGCAUCUACACUGUUGGGUGCUGUGGCUGUGUUUGCUGUGGGACACAUAAAGACAUCUUGGGCCACUUGGGGGGAGAUAACCUUAGCCAUUUUCUCCCUCUUCAUCACUGCAGCUGUGUAUAUCAUGGACACAGUUCGGAACAUUUGGGUGUGCUAUGCUUCCUAUGUAUCAUUCCGAAUUGUGUAUAUGCUGCUUAUCACAAUCGCAACGUUCCAAAUUGCUACCAACCUAAGUGUAGAACGCUAUGCCCUAGUCUUUGGUGUUAAUACUUUCGUUGCCCUGAUGUUGCAGACGUUGCUCACAUUGAUAGUCGCUGAUGCAAAAGGGCUUGGCCUGGAUAUAUUCACACAGUUCAUGAUCUACGCUGGCUACUUUGCUGCUAUAUCAGUUGUGUUCUUGAUCAGUGGCACAUACAGUAUUCUUAUGAACUACUGGAGAAAGGAGAGGAGGAGGAGGAGGAGGAAGAGGAGAAGUCAUAUUAUGGAAAAUUGUGCUUAAUGUACAGAACAGCAACUUGUCCAACAGCUACAUCAGGACAGGAAGGAUGUAGUUUCAAUUUGUAGUUUCCUAUUUAUUAAUGUGUUAAAAUACUGUUAUUUCAAGACUGUUACCUGAAUUGUACUUGACUGAUAUGUAUGCUUAGAAUAACAUAACUUAGGAACAGAAUGUAUUGAAUUAUAUUUUACAUCAGUAAGAAUAUCCUUAAUAACAACAUGGCCUCAAGUAUGCCCUUUUGGUCUAUGUGGGGAAGAUCCAAAGCAAUCUGUGGGUUUACUAAUCACCCUUUUGAGAAUGAUAAGCAAUAAAGCAUUCAUUGGGAUGUGA